GGCUAUUUUUCAACUUUUUCCUUUUUCCUCCCUCCGCAUGCGAUUGUUCGACGAGCAAUAUCCACGUCGAUUGCCUUCUUUACCACACUCCUUUUUAAACCUCUAGCUUUGCAAAAGCUCAGAAAAAGGCUCAGCAACCAGUCAACUUGAAUUUAUACGAAGCCUGCGGUCAAUAGAACAACGCCCAUUCCCUUGAAUAGAAAAGCUCCAGACAUAUCGCUCGCCGUCCACUCUCGAUCCCUCCGUCGCUAAUUCGUACAAGCCGGGCACCAUGAAGAUUUUCUCGUCCUCCUACACCUUCGAUUAUUCCUGGGAGGAAGUGAGCACCAACAAUUGGCGCAAAUACUGCCCUUGGAACGAUAAAGCUUCUCAUGUUUUGGCGGUUGACACGAUCUCCCGCCACAUCGACCCUCAGACAGGCAUCCUCCGCACCGAACGUCUUAUUACAUGCCAACAGAACGCGCCGAAAUGGAUUCUGAGCAUCAUCGGAGGCGAAACCACGAGCUAUGUCUAUGAGGUUUCGUACGUGGAUCCAGCCUCCAAGAAAGUUACAAUGUGCAGCACGAACAUGACCUGGUCAAAUCUUCUGGAAUGCCGGGAGACCGUGAUCUAUCAGCCUUCCUCCAGCGAUGCAAAACAGAAGACGGAAUUCCAACAACAAGCCAAGAUUGUGGCAUUAUGCGGUGGCUGGCAAAAGAUCCGUACUAAAAUUGAAGAAGCCAGUAUUGAGCGGUUUCGAGAAAAUGCCGCUCGAGGUCGGGAAGGCUUCGAGAUGGUCCUGGAAAUGUCGCGCAGGGUCUUUGGUGAAGAACGCGAAAGACUACGAGCGGGCUUGCCGGUCACGGUGUGAUAGGACAUGCGGCCGAUAUUUUCUACCUAUUAUCCUCUCUGCUCGAAUCGUCAACGUCGGCAGGCUCAUGCACGCCGUCACGACUCACGACAUCAAAAGCGGCAUAGAUUGGUUUUGCGCGUCUGAGACUGCUUCUGCUCCUCAAUGGGAUACACUGGCGUCCACGGAAAAGUGAAAGAAUACAUGUUGUCCUUGAGCGCGGCGUUCUGGAAAGAAUAUUGUUUUUUUUUUUUUGAGAGGAAUCUGCAGCGGAGGCCGCUGGCAGGUUUCGAAACUUUUGGAAGAUACCACGAUACAUCGACGCCUUUUAUUGGAUUUUCUAGAGGAACGACAUCUGCUCAGGGUGUACUGAGCCAUCGAGAUAUCGGAGAAGUCGAUACAAGCUGGGCUGUUUCCUGCAGAGUCACGGGAUGUGGCUGAGGAUUCAGCUCGACAUCGCGUUGUGCGCUGCAAUAGAGCAUUGUGUCUUAUACAGGUCGGCUUUAGUCUUUUUUCUAGACAUAGAGGUCAAACUCGCACAAUUAGAAUCCAUUACGAUCCUGAACAA